AUUAAUCACACUAUCUCCUUCCGUCUGGAUUCAACGAUUUAUUCACCGUACGGUUCCUAUGAGCCAUACAUGAAGCACCAUGGACCAGAAACACGAUAUCCUUUACCUUCCAGAAACUUUGCUACUGGAAAAUCAAAAAAAGUUGCAUGGUUUGUGAGUAACUGUAUACCGAAAAGUCCAAGAAUGCAAUACGCCAAAGAAAUUUCACGACAUAUCCCGCUUGAUAUUUAUGGUCAAUGUGGCACGUUAUCGUGUCCAAAGCAUAAUCCAACUUUUACCUCAUCAGUUAGCUGCUUGAAAAUGAUUCGCGAAAAUUAUAAGUUUUAUUUGAGCUUCGAAAAUAGUUUGUGCAGUGAGUACAUAACAGAGAAGUUGUAUAAAAAUGCGUUGAAAAACGAUAUACUUCCAAUUGUGAUGGGUGCAUCGAUAGAGGAAUAUGAAAGAGUCGCUCCUCCAUACUCGUUCAUUCACGUUGAUCAAUUCGAAUCACCGGCUAAACUGGCAGACUAUUUGAAGUAUUUGGACAAGAACGAUACUGCAUAUAAUGAAUAUUUUGCAUGGCAUGGUCAUGGAAUCAUACAUGAUUACGAUGCCCAACCUCAAUGUGCAAUGUGUCUGCUAGCUCAUACAUCUCAUUCAUUUGGUCCAUAUUGGGUUCCGAGUGUGGCACGAUGGUGGAAUGCUGGAUGUAAUGGUCGGAAAUUGCGUUGGAAUCCAUGAAACAUGAAUAUUGAGAACAGAAACAUUGUUUUAUUGUAGAUUGUAUUAAAUUGUAAUGUACAUAGUGCUUUCUGUGGUAUAGAUCAAAUUACAUUUGAAAAUGGACAAUAUUUUACACAUAAUAAAAAUUCUGAUAUUUU